AUGGAAGACCACAUGGCAGGGCAAAACAAGGAGAAGCGUUUUGAGUGCGACGUGUGUGGCAAGGCCUGGCGGUACCCGAGCCAGCUGGAGAUCCACCGGCGGGUGCACAGGAGAGAACGCACCUUCGACUGCUCAGAGUGUGGCAAGAGCUUCAAGACGGCGCAGGUGCUGAAGGCCCACCGGCGGGUGCACAAGAGAAAACACCCCUUUGACUGCUCAGAGUGCGGCAAGAACUUCACCCGUUACGACCGGCUGCUGCAGCAUAACCGUUUGCACUCUGGCGAGAAGCACAGCACUGAACGUCCCUUCACCUGCUCCGACUGUGGCAAAGGCUUCAAGUCAACCACGGAACUAAUGAACCACAGGCGCCUGCACACCGGGGAGCGGCCCUACACCUGCAGCGACUGUGACAAGAGCUUCACCCGCUUGGACACCCUUUCGGAGCACCGGUUCACCCAUACCGGCGAGCGCCCCUUCACCUGCGCCCAGUGCGGCAAGGGCUUCACCCGCUCCACCUAUCUGCUGUCCCACCAGCGGGUGCACACCGGCGACCAUCCCUUCCACAAGCUUGUUGGCUGUCCAGACUGCGGCAAGAGCUUUAAGACGGCGAAUCACCUGAAGAUCCACCGGCGGAUGCACACGGGCGAGAAGCCCUUCGGCUGCUCCGACUGCAGCAAGAGCUUCAAGACGACGAAUGAACUGAAGGUCCACCGGCGAGUGCACACAGGCGAGGAGCCCUAUGGCUGCUCCACCUGUGGCAAGAGCUUCAAGACGAAGAAUGAGCUGAAAAUCCACCGGCGGGUGCACACGGGCGAGAAGCCCUAUGGCUGCUCCACCUGUGGCAAGAGCUUUGCGCGGUCGUCGGGGCUAUGGCAGCAUCGGCGGGUGCACAGCAGUGAGCGACCCUUCACCUGCUCCGACUGUGGCAAAGGCUUCAAGUCGUCCACGGACCUGAAGGUGCACAGGCGCCUGCACACCGGGGAGCGCCCCUACACCUGCAGCGACUGUGGCAAGGGCUUCACCUGCUCCAAAAUGCUGCUGGAGCACCAAUGCACGCACACCGGCGAGUGCCCCUUCACCUGCGGCCAGUGCGGCAAGGGCUUCAUCUACUCCUCCAAGCUGUUGUACCACCAGCGGGUGCACUCCGGCAAGAGGCCCUUUGGCUGUUCUGACUGCGCCAAGGACUUUAAGACAGCGCAAGAGUUGAAGAACCAUGGGCGGAUGCAUUCGGGCGAGAAGCCCUAUGGCUGUUCCACCUGCGGCAAGAGCUUUGCCCGGUUGACAGGGCUACAACAGCACCGGCGGGUGCACAGCGGUGAGCGGCCCUUCACCUGCUCCGUCUGUGACAAAUGCUUCUCCCGCUCCGACAGGCUGCUGGACCACCAGCGCACCCACACCGGCGAGCGCCCCUUCACCUGCGCCCAGUGCGGCAAGGGCUACACCUACUCCAGCAGCCUGCUGUCCCACCAGCGGGUACACGCCGGCGACCGUCCUUUCCCCAGCCCGGUGUGUGGAGAGCAUGUGGCCAUGGCCUCCCACGCCCUGUCUCACCAGCGCGUGCACACCAGUGGCCAGCCCUACGACUGCGUUGAGGCAUUUGACAGGUCACGGGGGUCACGGGUGCACCGGCGGGCCUACCACGGCGAGAGGCUGUUCCCACUGCGGCAAGCGUUUCAAGAGCGCACGGGGGCUGUGGGAGCACCAGCGGAUACACAAACCAUGAUGGAGAAGGGUUUAGGAGCCGCUGCUGUGGACGGAGAGACUGGGCCAUGAGCGGCGAGGGUGCCGGUGAGCCUCCCCCCCAUCUGUUUGAUGCACGGACUGAGCUUCGAUGGAGGACUGUUUGACGGGGCACAACUAGAUAAAGCGUUAUGAGUGCGAUGUGUGCGGCAAGGCUUGGCAUCAACUGAACCAGCUGGAGAUCCACUGGCGGGUGCACACGGGAGAGAGGCCCCAUGGCUGCUCCAUCUGCAGCAAGAGUUUUGCCCUGUUGUGGGAGCUCCAGGUGUACCAGCGUGUGCACAGCAGUGAGCAGCCCUUCACCUGCUCCGACUGCGGCAAAGGCUUCAAGUCGUCCACGGACCUGUUGGUGCAUGGGCGCCUGCACACCAGGGAGUUUGCCAGACGCUGGAAUUUUCACCAUAUCACCAGCAGCCCUGAGUAUCCAGUCUAACGGGCAGGCUGAACGGGCUGUCCGGAGUGCAAAACAACUCAUGGAGCGCUCUCACAGAGCCAAAUCUGACGUAUUCCUGGAUUUGCUCAACUUUUGCAACAUUUCCCGUGACCCUGCCUUGGGUUCACGAUUAUUGUCAAGGCAGACCCGUACCCUAUUGCAGAACAAAUGUUAAUCCCACUUGUCUUUCCUCCUGAAGAGAUUCAAUCCAGAAUGCAACAGAAGCGUAACGCUCAAAAGAAGUGGUUCGACAAGACGAGCAGGCCUCUGCCGCCAUUGACCAAAGGACAGGUGGUCCGCUUACAGACUGACAAAGGCCACGACCGUACUGGGGUGAUUUCUAGUCCAGCUUCGGAGCCACGGUCGUACAUUGUUAGAGCCGAUGGCGGCACCUACCGACGAAACAGACAUCUGCCUGUGAAGGAGCCAAUCCCUCCUCCUUAUUAUCCGGAUUGUACAAGUUCAUUUCAAUCUGCAUCUAGUGACACUCACAUGCUGUUGCCAGCACAACGAUCCAUGCCUGUGACAGUUCCUCUGUCUGUCCCAUCUUCGCCUGCGCCAGUCUCCUGCUUUGACUCCAGAGGCGUUGGUCCACUCCCCCACGGCGGUGAAAUCACCAGCUUUGUCCCCGGAGAAGAUGGAGAUGGCCUCUAUCGUACACAUGCUGUCGUGUUAGCAAGCCGGUCGUGAAGUAUCCGGACUAUGUUUGACUUUACACACGUCUUUCAUCGUUUGUGAUAUUUGCUUUGCUUAGUUAUUGGUAUAGUGCUAUUGAUUCUUUAAGAGGGGGGAUGUAGAUUAGUGGCUCAUGCUAUGAGUCAUGCAUUUGUAGCUACGCCCACUAGCUUGUUGUCUACUGCACUCCAUUAGCCUAAAAGUGAACUCUCAAGUGAGAACUUGUAGUUGCCUAUUCCUAAUAAACUGCGUAUGGUGUAAGGUCAUUAUUAUUACAAGGACUCUAAAUCAACACCUAAGAAUUAAAUAAAUGUCACACUGA